AUGCUUCCUGCAUUAGUCGCCGUGUCCGGCCUGACCUUCCUCUACCUCUAUCAUGUCAAUCGAGGCAUGACUGAGGUUCCAAAGGAAGUCCGCCGCCUGUCUUCUCACCGCUGGACAGUCGAAGAGAUCAAGAACGCCUACGAGGAUGCGAUUCGUAACCCUGUGGAUGUCGAAAGCAGGCUGCCUCCCAAGCAGAAUCGUCGCUAUAUUGUAAUUGGUGGAUCGGGACUUGUCGGAAACUGGAUUGUCACACAUCUGCUUGCUCGCGGCGAGAACCCGGCCGCUAUUAGGGUUCUAGACCUCCAACCACCUCGUCGCGAGAUUCUCGACCAGGGCGUCACGUUCUUCAAGACCAACAUUGUCGACGAGGAGGCCGUAUCGAGCGCUUUCGCGCACCCAUGGCCUGAAGUCGUGGCAGCCCUGCCGUUGACCGUGUACCACAACGCGGCAGUCAUCCGGCCCGCCGAGCGUCACAAAGCUUUCCUAUCACGGUGCCGCAACGUGAACGUGACCGGCACCGUCAACUUGCUGAAAGCUGCCAAGAAGCACGGCGCAAGCUGUUUCAUCUCCACCUCAUCGGGCUCCGUCGCUCUGCGCAGUGGCUCCUUCUGGCUCCCUCCCUGGCGGAAGACCCCCAGACACAUGGUCCAGGUAAUCAGCGACGCGACCCCUCUGCCGCAGGAACACUAUGACUUCUUCGGCAACUACGCCGUCUCCAAGGCGGAAGCCGAGUCCCUCGUUCGCGCCGCGGACGAUCUCGAAUCCAACUUCCGCACCGGCUGCAUCCGACCCGCGAACGGCAUCUACGGCAUCGGGGAAGAAACCAGCGCAGGGGUGACAACGAUGUAUCUGAAGACCGGUGGAGACGUCAGCUGGAUCUACCCGGUGGUCCAAAACUUCGUCAACGCGGAGAACGUCUCGAUCGCGCACCUGCUCUACGAACAGCGCCUCCUCGAGCACACGGCCACCCCCGCACAGCUCCCCAACAUCGGCGGACAGGCCUUCCUCGUCACCGACCCCAACCCGGCCAUCGCCUUCAGCGACCUCUACCUCCUGCUCCAGACCCUGGCCAAGACCCCCGUCAAGUUCCCGCGGGUGCCGGCGAUCCCCUUCUUCCUGCUCUCCUACCUCGUCGAGUGGUACUCCCUCCUGCAGCAUCUGUAUUUACCCUGGUUACUCCCGCCGGUGCCGAGCGACCUGGCGCAAUUGCAGCCGGGUCUGUUCGCGAUCUCGAACGUGCACGUCAUCGCGGAUGAUUCGCGGGCGCGGAGGAGCCCCGCGCAGGGCGGGCUGGGGUACGCGCCGCCGAUCGAGACCCUGUACGGGAUGUGCAAGCAGCUCGAGGACUGGAACCGGCGGGCGGAUGUGAAGGCGGCGGAGGCGGCGGCGAAGAAGGGGAUGGUGAGUGUUUCGGAGGGUGGAGGGGUGGAUAUUAAUCUGGUGGUGCCUCCGACGAAGUUGUAG